AUUUUAUUUUUUCCAAUAUUAUUCAUAUUAUCUUUAAUAUUUAUUUUUAUAAGUCACCCUUUAACCUGUGGUUUAAUACUUUUACUACAAACUCUAAUAAUUGCCUUAAUCAGUAGACUUAUAAGUCUAAAUUAUUGAUAUUCUUACAUUUUAUUUUUAAUUAUAAUUGGAGGAAUAUUAAUUUUAUUUAUUUACAUAACAAGAAUUGCUUCUAAUGAAAAAUUUAAAUUUAAUUUUAAAUUAUUACUAAUUACUAUAUUCACAAUAAUUUUAAUAUUUAUUUUAAUAUUUCUAGAUCAUUAUUAUAUAAAUACUAUAGUACAAACAAUUGAAACAAAAUCAUUUUACUUAAAUAAAAACCUUAAUUUAUCUAUAAUAAAAUAUUUUAAUUUUCCAAACUAUUUAAUUAUAAUUAUAAUAAUUAUUUAUUUAUUUAUUACUUUAAUUGCUACUGUAAAAAUUACAAACUUUUUAUAUGGACCCCUACGACAAAUAUUUUAA